GUUACUGAUCUAUUCAACAUGCCAGUAACGUCACUUGGAACUGAUAUCAAUACCUUUACACACCAGAAUCAAUCAAUAGCUGAUUGGUUGCUAACCAAACAGGACACUAUUCAAACUGUAACUUUUGGCGAGACAGAAGUGUCAACUGAGGACUUUUCAGCGAUGUGGAAUGAGAAUCUAAAAAUUACGAAUUGUUUCGAAUCUUACAUGAUAGCAAAAGCGGGAUUUCAAUGUGAUAUCACUUUUGAUCAAGAAGUUUGAUUAUAAACUACUCAAACUGGUUCAAUCUGGAUUAUCUACUGAAGAGUGACAGCGUGAAUAUUCAUCUCUAUGACUUUGUAUGGAAUCCUGCCGAUUUGAAUAGAUUCCUACGAAGUUGGCUACUAUCAGAGUCUAACGUAAAACUGACAUUCCUCGAGGUCAACAUUGCAAACAGGGAUUCACUUGAACAAAUCCUGGACCUGCCGGAAGAUUCAAUCGUUAGAAAUGAAGAGGAGAAUAGAGAACAAUUUGUAA